CUAGAUUACCACGCCUACACUCCUACCAUUUAGUAACUUGUAGUAAAUAUGAUUCAUUUUCUUGGUAUUAUUAAACCUGCAGAAAGAAUAGUCAAAAAGUAAAUAAUGACAAGAACCAGUCUGUAAAGUAACAAUUUUUAAAAGUUUGACAAAACUUCAUUUCGAUCGAGUUAUUUGAUUAGUGGAGUGAGUGACACCAUCGACUACGAGCGAGACGACCGCACCUAUCAUUGUACUGCUGUGCUUCGAUUUUGUGUGUAAUCGGUAUGACAAAAAAUUACUAUUUAUAUAUUUGGAUAUAGUUAGUACCUAACCCCACAAACAAUGAAAUACUGUUUAGACUGUUUUCUAAUUCUGACAUUAUAUGUUAGUUGGACGAUAUCUAGGGAAGUUCCAUCACCCCCAUAUAUUGUGAAACAACCUCCCACUGACGAAGUUCUCUUUCAAGUGGAAUCCAAUGGAGAGAAUGACAAACCUUUCUACAUCGAAUGCGAGGCUAUUGGAGAACCUGCCCCAAAAUACUACUGGAUCAAGAAUGGGAAGCCGUUCGAAUGGCAAACAUACGACGAUCGAAUUUCCCAGCAAACUGGAAGGGGAACCUUGUCCAUAACGAAACCAUCCGAUGUAGAUCUCGGGCAGUACCAGUGUUUCGCCGAAAAUCAGUAUGGCACGGCAACUUCCAACUCGGUGUUCAUGCGUAAGGCCGAGCUCAACUCCUUCAAGGCCAGCCAACCUUUAACCUUGACUGGCAACGAAGGAGAACCGUUCAAGCUCACUUGCCAGCCUCCAGACGGAUGGCCUAAGCCCAUCGUCCACUGGAUCUAUUUUUACACCAAUGGCGCUUUCAAAACUAUCAACAGUUCCCGGAUGACCCUGGAUCCCGAGGGAAAUCUGUGGUUUUCGAACCUCACGAAAUCUGACGUCACAAACAAUUUCAUGUAUGCUUGCGCCGCUACAUCGCCAACUAAGUACGAAUAUAAAUACGGCAACAGGGUGUUGUUGAAUGUCGUGUCAUCCGGAGUUUCAGCUUCCCAAAAUAAACAUGAGCCAGUUCUUCAGUAUGUCACCAGGAAAAAUGAGGUGGCCUACAGAGGAAAACGCGCAGAGUUGUACUGUAUCUUUGGCGGGACGCCACUUCCUCAAACAGUAUGGAAGAAAGGUGGUAAAUUAGUUCAAAGUUCGGAUCGAAUAACGCAGGGAAAUUAUGGAAAGUCGCUUAUAAUAAAAGUGGUUGAUUUUGAGGAUCGAGGGACAUACACAUGUGAAGUUAGUAACGGAGUAGGAGAAGCUAAAUCCUAUUCCAUUAACCUACAAGUUCAAGCUGUUCCGUACUUUACUAUUGAACCUGAGAAAGUAAAUGCAGCUGAAGAUGAAACAGUAGAGUUUGUUUGUGAAGCUAAAGGAGAUCCAGAGCCUGCUAUAAAGUGGAUCCAUAACGGAAAACCUAUUGAACAAUCCCCUCCCAAUCCAAGGCGAAAAGUAUACCCAAACAAAAUCGUUAUAGAGAGACUGGUUAAAAAUGACACUGGCAACUAUGGUUGCAACGCUACUAAUAGUUUGGGUUAUGUUUACAAGGAUGUUUAUGUUAAUGUCUUAGCUCUGGCCCCAGAGAUAAUUGAGGCCCCACGAGACACUCAGGCUGUGGAUGAUAAAAACGUGAAUUUAACUUGUAAAGUUUUGGGAGCGCCAAAACCAAAAAUCAAGUGGAUUCACAAUAAGAAAGAAUUAACUGGUGGUAGAUAUGAAAUUCAACCAUCUGGUGAUCUCCAUAUUUCAUCUGUUCUAUUCGAUGACAGAGGCAAUUACACAUGCUAUGCUGAGAAUAAGUUGGGAAACGCCAGUGCUAGCGCCAAAUUGGAUAUCAAAGCUCAUACUUACAUAACUGAUGGUCCAGAAGACUACGAAGUUGAAGCAAGAACUCCUGCUACAUUCAGGUGCAAUGCGGUAGCCGACGAAUCGCUUGACUUGGAAAUUCUGUGGUUGAAAAAUGAUCAGCCUAUCGAUUUCGAGGGAGAGCCAAGAUUUGUUAAAUCUUCGGACUAUUCCCUAACCAUAACGAAAACUAUCGAACUCGAUUCUGGUACUUAUACUUGUUUGGCUCGAACUGAAUUAGACGAAGCUUCUGCUAAGGCCCAGCUCACAGUGCAGGAUGUGCCAAACCCUCCUCGAAUGAUCGGUGUUGAGUGUCACACCAAAGAUGCCACUAUCAGCUGGAUGCCAAUGGGUGACAAUAGGGCUCCAAUUUCCUACUUCAUCAUUCAGUAUAAUACGAGUUUCACUCCUGAGGAAUGGAAAGAUGCCUUCAGUCAUGUUCCUUCAGCAGAUAUGACAUAUAAUGUGCCAAUGAGUCCUUGGGCAAACUACACAUUCCGUGUUACUGCUGUUAACAAGAUCGGGCCCUCUAUGCCAUCUUCCCAUUCUGACGUGUGCACGACUUCACCUGAGGUACCUCACAAAAAUCCCGACAAUGUCAAAGGCGAGGGAGAUCAUCCGGAUAACUUAGUGAUUACUUGGACCCCAAUGCCACAAAUUGAGCACAACGCUCCAGGAUUCAAAUACCGAGUCUACUGGAAACGGGACAUAGCUGGCAAAGACUAUGCAUAUGAAGAAAUCCUCGACUAUAAGCAAGACAAACUGGUUAUACCCAAUCAACCGUCGUUCCAGCAGUACAGGAUCAAAGUAAUAGCAGUUAAUGAACUCGGUGAAGCCAACGUGUCUCCUCAAGAAGUUAUCGGCUACUCCGGAGAGAGUGAACCAGAUAAGGCCCCUACAAAUUUCACACUAUUAACCAUUCAGGGACCAACAACUGCUUUAUUGAGUUGGGACCCAGUUCCUCUCGAGUCGGUCAGGGGACAUUUCAAAGGAUACAAAAUCAAGACUUGGAGUGAAACUUCAUUAAUUUCCAAGGAGAUACAAGUUCAAGGAGGGAAUUCGAAGGCUUUGGUUACAAACUUCGACCCAUACACCAAAAACUAUGCUCAGGUUUACGUGUUCAAUGAAAAAUACAAUGGGCCACCCAGCGAAACAUUGUCAUUCGAUACGCCCGAAGGUAUACCAGGGGAAAUGCAGGAUCUAGACGCCACUCCCUUGGGUUCUUCCGCCUUCUUGUUGAAGUGGGAGAAACCCGAUAAACCAAAUGGAAUUCUAACAGGCUACAACAUAUACUAUGCUGAAGUGGAUCCUACGAUGAAAGUGAACCAGCCCAUCCCGCGCAACCCUCAAAUUACAGACCCGAACGUAAAACACGCCAAACUAGGUGGUCUCGCACCUGGUAUGAAGUAUCGUUUAUACAUCAGUGCCACGACUAGCGCUGGUGAGUCUAAAAGGCAUUUUAUUGAAAGGCAAACGAAGCCACUUGGAUCGCACAUACCUUCGAAACCAUCAUUCACUUGGGAGAUUGUCAAACCCGGACCUCCUUCCUCUGUGAAGGUGCGAUGGUUGCCAAAUGAAGACGGGAACACCGGUUCCCACUUCUUCGUCAAAUACAGAAAGAAGGGAGAGUCAGAUCACUUGGUUACUGAUCCUGAGAAGAACGAAGACUUUCUGAUAGUCCCUGGCUUGGAAGGGACGACAGUUUAUGAGUUUAUCGUUACUUCAGUUGAUGGUCAGUACUACAAAGACAGCGAUUCGCAGGAAGUGAGUACUUAUGACAUAGAUGGGCCUAUAAUUAAAGCUAAGGAGAAUGUGGCGACAGCUGGUUGGUUCAUCGGAAUGAUGCUGGCUAUCGCAUUCCUGCUGUUGGUGCUUAUCAUAGUUUGCAUCUUCAAGAGAAAUAGAGGAGGGAAGUACGCUGUGCACGAGAGAGAGCAAGCCAACGGCAGGCACGAUUACCCUGACGAAGGAGGAUUCCACGAGUAUUCCCAGCCCUUGGACAAUAAAUCACAUGGACGGGCUUCGAUGAGUAGUGAACCAAAAAUAGGACCAGAGAGUGAUACUGAUUCCAUGGCAGAGUAUGGAGAUGGCGACACAGGUCGCUUUGCCGAAGAUGGAUCUUUCAUUGGGCAAUACUUGCCUAGCAACAUGCAGCAGUUAGGCACAUCGGCAGCCAUGCAAGGAACAAAUAAUAACGCAGUGGGCACUUAUGUUUAAGUUAUCGUGAAUGUGAAAUAGCUUUCUGUGUUGUGCUAUCUCAGAGACUUAUCUAACUUAUAACUGUUGAAAAUAUUCGCCAUUUAAACUGUGUUCUUUUUUGUUUUGUAGCUAUUGAAAGUGAUUGGUUUAGUUGAUUUCGUCCAUAUCAGUAAGUUCUAACUGUUAUAAUCAAAAUAACUUGAAUAUGCGUAUAAUGUAGGUAGUCUAGCUCUUUUCGUUGAGUAUGUCCGUAGAAUUACAUAUUUCAUAUGUAAGAAUCUCAUAUAAGGUAUGAAAUUUUAUACUUUUCAUUAGAGGCUUUAACAAUUGCCCAGAUCGAUGACAUCAAAAAAUACUUCUCAAUUCAAUUAUAGAUAAAUACUACUGAAAAUAAUUUGAGAGGUUUGAUUGUGAACUGAGCAAUUUGGGAUACUUGUAACAGAGUCAAUCAGAUGAAAUGAUCUGCUUAUCUGAGUGGCUUUUUUACGAGCAUUGUAUUUUUUUACUGACUGCCUUAUUUUCAUUUAUUAUUUAAAUUACUUUUAUUGCUUUAUAAGAUCGAUCCUCUCCUUCCUUCAUUAUAUUCCCAAUGCCACAGUACGCGUUUAGAUAUAGAAAGAGAUAAAUUCUUUUGAUGUUUCAAAGAAACAGAAAUUAGAUUGAUCUGAUGAAAUCUCAACAAGUAUAUCAAUUGUAGUCGCUCUUUAGAAUAUAGUAUUGGAAGGAGGCUACAUGGCAGCUCUUUAUAAUAUUGAUAUGUAUGAUCCUUUGUCACACCAAAUUUUAGGUAAGUACAUCACAGGUGGACACGAUUUUAACUCUUUUUUUGCUCAGUACAGCAGUAGAGAAUAUCAAUUUUUCAUUCAAACAUAGAAUCUGAAUGAAUUAGUCACCAAACCAGUGUAGCCCUUCUUGUUUUUGUUUUCAAAUUUUAAGUAAAAACAUUUAUCUUA